AUCCUGUACUGCAGCCCUUCAUGUAUCUAUGCCAAACAAGAUGGAGGCAUUGAGCGACACUUGUUUGCAAAUUCCAUGUUCCUUUGAUUCAGUACCAUCAAAUCAAUUGGAUAAAAGCAAACCCAUUUUGGGUGCAUGGAUGAAACCUACCUACUUUGAUUUCGUUUUCCACAGCAACAUACAAGAUAAUAUAUAUCAAAUUAGUAUCAUUGGGAAUAUGAGAGAAUACAACUGCACAACUGUUUUUGCAAACAUGAACUCAAGUUAUGCUGGCGUGUAUUACUUCAGAGCGGAAAGCACCAGUUUCAGGGCAACUGACAUCUGCAGCCCUCUUAACAUCACAGUUAAAGAUUCAGCCCCAGCACCCUCCAUACAGACCCUACCGGAGGGACCACUAACGGAGGGGAGCAGGGUAACGUUCACCUGCAGGGCCAUCGCACCCUGUCCCACCCAGCCGCCUCACCUGAGCUGGAACCAGUCAGGAGGCCCUGAGGGCCGGCCGGAACCGCACGGAGACCAAGAGCCUAACGUCAGGACCCGGCGGCUGGAUAUCACUCUGUCGGACCGACAUGACGGGGUCCGCCUCACCUGUCUGGUGGAGUAUCCCGUGAACGACCCAGCAGGCGGGACCAGCAUCAGAACAGCAGAGAGCGUCGUGACGCUCAACGUUUCCUGUGAGUGACCAGCAGACGGUCCAAUCAGUGAGCCAGGACGGCUGAGAAGUAGAAAGAGUUUACAUACUGCAUUCAAAUCCGUCAACAACGG